AUUCUGACACGCAGUGUGAGUCGCGGAUUCGCGACCCUCCAAUCGCCGCCUCUAUUUCCGUAGACGUCGAGCGCGUGUGCCAGAUAAACGGGUCGCGUGAAUCGUGUAUUUCAGUGCGGCUUCAGCCGGACGGAGUCUCGGUCUGUUCCCGACCAACGGCAACGAACAUACCAGAAAUUGCGGCCAGAACAUUUAUGGAAAAACAAUCCUCGUUUUUAAGGAAUUAUUUUAAGAAGUCUUUUUAAGAAAUCUGUUUAAGAAGCUACAUUAAUGCGUGGCACAUUAAAUGUGAAGCUACAUUAAAUGUGGAAACGAAUGUCAAGGGACUUCUGAUAAAUUGGAGACUCAGGACUGCUGGAGAUAUCGUUAUCGCAGUCAAACGAAGAUCAACAGCUACAAGCUACAGUUACAGUUAACGGUUACGAAUUUAUUUAUAAAAAGAAAAAGAAAGAAAAAUAAUUUAUAAAAAUAAACAUUCGUGACAAAAUAUACAAGCGACCUAAGCACUAUCAGUACAAAAAUAUUUCAUUUAAAGAAAUAAAAAUAUAAACGUAGGUAGCUAAAUCUGUCUUCCAGCGUUAUACACAACUCGUGCCGAAGCAUUGGAAUAGCAACAAUAUCGUGAAUUGAACGAAGAGACGCAACAACCGGCAAAAUGCAAUCCAUACGCGCUCAUCGUGCACUGAAUAGACACAAAACCGUGCUGCAAAUAUGGAAAAUCGCCACGAGAAGCUUUGGUACGGACGUAGAAUACAGACCAAUCAGGAGUGUCCUCGUCGCCAAUCGAGGAGAAAUUGCCGUUCGUGUGUUCCGCGCUUGCACGGAGCUUGGCAUUCGCUCCGUGGCGAUUUAUUCGGAGCAAGAUAAGAUGCAGAUGCACCGACAAAAAGCAGACGAGGGCUACUUGGUAGGCAGAGGACUGCCUCCGGUGCAAGCUUACUUGAACAUUUCUGAAAUCAUUCAAGUCGCCAAGGAAAAUGACGUCGAUGCCAUACAUCCUGGCUACGGUUUCCUCUCAGAGAGAUCGGACUUUGCACAAGCCGUGACCAACGCUGGCAUCAGAUUCAUCGGACCUAGUCCCAAAGUUGUUCAACAAAUGGGCGACAAGGUAGCCGCCAGACAAGCUGCGAUCGAAGCUGGAGUACCCAUCGUACCAGGAACAGAUGGACCAGUAACAACCUCCGAAGAGGCAAUAGAAUUCUGUAUGAAGCAUGGCCUGCCGGUUAUCUUUAAGGCAGCUUACGGAGGAGGAGGACGAGGUAUGAGAGUCGUAAGACAAAUGGAGGAAGUACGCGAGAUGUUCGAUCGUGCGUCUUCCGAAGCCGCGGCUGCUUUCGGAAACGGCGCGAUGUUUAUCGAGAAAUUCAUCGAGAGACCACGUCACAUCGAGGUGCAAUUACUCGGAGACCAUGCCGGCAAUGUCGUGCAUUUGUACGAACGCGAUUGUUCGGUGCAACGUCGUCAUCAGAAGGUCGUCGAGAUCGCGCCAGCGCCGUCGUUAUCAACUAAGAUCCGCGAAAAGAUGACUGAGCACGCUGUAAAAUUGGCGAGACACGUCGGUUACGCGAACGCCGGUACUGUAGAGUUUUUGGUCGACGAAUCUGGGAAUUUCUACUUUAUUGAGGUCAACGCCAGGUUGCAAGUCGAGCACACAGUAACUGAGGAAAUAACUGGAAUCGAUCUCGUGCAAUCCCAAAUCCGAAUCGCUGAGGGCAUGACGUUACCGGAACUCGGUAUGACGCAGGAAAAGAUCAUACCUCAAGGAUUCGCAAUACAAUGUCGCGUGACCACGGAGGACCCAGCCAAGAGUUUCCAGCCGGACACCGGAAGGAUAGAAGUCUUCCGUUCCGGCGAGGGCAUGGGCAUUCGAUUAGACGGAGCUUCAGCAUUCGCUGGCUCUAUAAUUUCGCCGUAUUACGACUCGCUGCUCGUUAAGGUGAUCGCCCACUCCGGUGACCUUCAGUCUUCUUGCGCCAAGAUGAACCGCGCUCUCCGUGAAUUCCGCGUACGCGGGGUAAAGACGAAUAUACCUUUCCUGCUGAACGUUUUGGAGAAUCAGAAGUUCCUCAACGGUGUCGUCGACACGUACUUCAUCGACGAGAAUCCUCAGCUUUUCCAGUUUCAUCCGAGCCAGAAUCGCGCACAGAAGUUGCUGAACUACAUCGGCACAGUUCUGGUGAACGGUCCUAGUACGCCUUUGGCGACUCAGCUGAAACCGGCGGACGUCAAACCGCAUAUUCCACAAAUUGCUCUAGACUUUGCUAGGCUUGCAGCUGCAGAAGAGACCAAUGAUCCUGACGCACCAGGUCGCGAAGACAAGUUAAACAUGGAUAUUUUGGAUCCUCCGAAAGGAUUCCGUCACAUUUACAAAGAACAAGGACCGGAAGCUUUCGCCAAGGCUAUCAGACAGCAUAAAGGUCUCCUACUGAUGGACACUACAUUUCGCGAUGCUCAUCAGUCUCUCCUAGCCACUCGCAUACGAUCGCACGAUCUGCUAGUGAUCUCCCCAUUCGUCGCGCACAAAUUCAACAACCUCUACUCGCUAGAGAACUGGGGUGGCGCGACCUUCGACGUAGCUCUGAGGUUCCUUCACGAGUGUCCUUGGGAACGUUUGGAGGAUAUGCGCAAAGCCAUCCCUAAUAUUCCAUUCCAAAUGCUCCUGAGAGGAGCCAACGCAGUCGGGUAUACCAACUAUCCCGACAACGUAGUCUUCAAGUUUUGCGAACUGGCCGUGAAGACAGGCAUGGAUAUCUUCAGAGUAUUCGACUCGCUUAAUUACCUGCCAAAUCUCAUCAUCGGUAUGGAAGCGGCUGGAAAAGCCGGAGGUAUCGUCGAGGGGGCGAUUUCCUACACAGGCGAUGUAAGUGAUCCAAGUCGUACCAAGUACGAUCUCAAGUAUUACGUCGACUUGGCAGACGAGCUGGUCAAAGUGGGCACACACGUCUUAGCAAUCAAGGACAUGGCUGGAUUGCUCAAACCUAGAGCGGCCGAGAUACUGAUCGAUGCAAUCAGGCAGAAACAUCCGGAUGUGCCGCUUCAUAUACACACACACGACACCGCUGGAGCUGGAGUGGCGUCUAUGUUAGCCUGUGCUAAGAGCGGUGCCGAUGUUGUGGACGUUGCCGUCGACAGCAUGUCUGGCAUGACCAGCCAACCUUCCAUGGGCGCAGUCGUUGCUUCUCUACAGGGAACGGACAUCGAUACAAAACUGAAUUUGCCUGAUAUCUCCGAAUACUCCGCAUACUGGGAACAAACAAGAACGCUUUACGCACCCUUCGAAUGCACAACGACAAUGAAGUCUGGAAACGCAGACGUCUACCUCAACGAGAUUCCCGGUGGUCAAUAUACUAACUUACAAUUCCAAGCUUACUCACUCGGCCUGGGCGAAUUCUUCGAGGACGUGAAGAAGGCGUACAGGCAAGCUAAUCUCUUGCUCGGCGACAUCAUCAAAGUCACGCCGAGCUCCAAAGUCGUCGGCGACUUGGCGCAAUUUAUGGUCCAGAACAAACUGACCGCCGAGGACGUUCUGAAGCGAGCGGAGGAAUUGUCAUUUCCCAAAUCAGUGGUCGAGUUCCUUCAGGGUGCUAUCGGUGAACCACAUGGAGGAUUCCCCGAGCCUCUCAGGUCAAAAGUCCUCAAGGACAUGCCACGCGUACAGGGCAGGCCAGGCGCGAGUCUGGCACCGCUCGACUUUGUCAGCUUGAAAAAGGAACUACAAGAAUCGCAUCCACACGUCAGCGAGAAAGACGUUAUGUCGGCUGCACUUUACCCUAAAGUAACGAAAGACUAUUUGAGUUUCAAAGAACAAUUUGGCCCGGUGGACAAAUUGGAGACCAGAAUUUUCCUCACAGGACCCAAAGUAGGUGAGGUAUUUGAUGUUACAAUCGAGAGGGGGAAAACUCUGGGUAUUAAAACCCUGGCUGUUGCCGAAGACCUGACGAAAAAUGGCGAACGCGAAGUGUUCUUUGAAAUGAACGGUCAGCUGAGAUCGGUAUUCAUCAAGGAUAAAGAAGCUGUCAAGGAACUUCACGUGCAUCCCAAAGCGACGAAAGGUGAUAAGAAUCAAUUGGGUGCGCCGAUGCCCGGCGAAGUAAUCGACAUCAGGGUGAAAGUGGGUGAUACCGUGGAGAAAGGUGCGCCUUUGGUCGUGCUAUCUGCCAUGAAAAUGGAGAUGGUUGUGCAGGCACCUAAAGCAGGAAAAAUCAAGAGCCUCGACAUCAAGCUAGGCAUGAGGCUGGAAGGAGAAGAUCUCGUCUUAACAUUCGAGUGAGUUCUCUCACUCUGUGAUGGGGCUGACCGUCUUUGGAAAUUAAUUCGCAACUGCAUCGAAUGCACGAGAUAUUUAUUACAGACAUUGUCUACUUCGACAGUGAUGCGUGCAUGGUAUGCGUGUACACGUGAAUAUGUAUAUAUAUGUGAUGUACGAAAGACAAGAUCUUCAGAAAUCUCUACUGCGCAAUCGAAAUUUUCGAUCAAAUAGUCAAUAUGAUUAAUGUUCUGCAAACGAUCGGAACUGCCUAAGGUAUCAAUUAAUACUGAAUAUGUACAAUACAAGAAUCUAAGUAAAGAAUUCAAUGAUAAACUACCGCAAACUUUUACACAACAGUCUUCGAAACUUUUAUGCAAAUAAUGAUUUGUUUAAUGCAUUUUUGCAAGAAAUUCGCAUUGAUACGAGAAAUACGUUAUUCUUUCUGUACUUGUGUACUUUGUGUACUGAAAUAUAUUGUAGUGUGAAUAACGUAACAUUUUUGUAGAGAUAUUACAACGAAAUGAAAUUUAUUCGAUUUACCUGAAUAAAAUUAAUGCGCUUAGAAUAUAUAUUUAGUGAAAUCAAUUGUAAAAAUUUUAGAAAAAUUCUCUGUUAUUAUUUUCGGUGAAUCGCCAUCAAUGUUGAUAUAUGCAUGUUAUAUAUAAAAUGAUUAUAUCUUAGUAUGCUCCACUUUAUCUGUUGGUGACGAGCAAUGUACAAAAGAACGGAAAAAAGAUCAAGCGUCUUCUUAAGCAUGAUCCUAUAUUAAUUAUAGCGUGUAUACAUAAGCGAUUACCCCACUAAUUUAAUUACGAUAUCGAGCUAAGCCUUCACGAGCGAUUUAGCAAGUAGAAAAGAAAUUCAGGGAACAAAGACAAAAGAAUAUUCCUGAAAAACUUUGCCUUUGUCUUCAAGAUCAAGAUCAAAUGUUAUAUCUUUCAAUCAAUUUAUUAUUUAAAAAAGAUUUUAUCCUUUAUAAAGAAAGAAUUACAAACUA